AUGGACGUGGUGUUCUUCGACUCCUUUCACCACCGGCCGUCGCCCGACAACGUGGACGAGGUGCGGUUCCGCGCGCCGUUGCUGCUCAAGGCCUUCCACCUGCCCGCGCCAGAUGCUCCCGCGCCCACCCCGCUGCUCCGCCGCUUCAGAGGAGUGACCCAAUCAGAGCCAUUCAAUCUCGCCAUCUACGCGCACAUUCUCCCCUCCGCACCCACCGCCGCACCACAUGCUGCCGAUGCAGCAGUACCACCAGCACCAGCGGCACCAGCAGCAGUGGCAAGGGGUGCAGAUGCGAGGAGAGAGGGGGCUAGGGCGUUGGAAGAUGGUGGCACGGGUGGCGUGGGGAUGUGUGGGCCCAGUGCAGGGGGCGAGUUCAGGCCAUCAUUUCCCGCUCUCCUCUCCUCCUCCCUUCGUCUAUUCGUUUCUUCUGCUUCUCUUCCCCCACUCCUCGUCUUGCUCUCGCACUUUCCGCAAGUCUUGCUCCCCCUUCCCUCCCCCCCAUUUCCCCUGCCCCCGUUCCCCAUCCUCUGCUCCAUCGCUAUGCCUUCCCACCUCCCGCCGCUCUCCCAGCUUCCUUCCCGCCUGCCCACUUCACUCGUUUCUAUCCUCCCCUCUCUGCCCUUUCCCCUGCACCCGUCCGCCCCGUACCUCCCAAUAUGCCCCCUCGACCGUCCCACAGCCGCUACUAACAGACCACAUAGUGCUGCGAGGCUCCUACUGCGCGCUCUCCCUCGUCCUCUUCGGCACCCCCCUCUCCCCGCCCUCGCGCUCCCUGCCGCCGCGCGCCUUGCGCUCAUCACAGGGGAAGCAGGCGGGGGGUCGGGGCUCGGCACGUGGCUUGGCCUCCUGCCGGUGGAUGUAGGGGAGAGUGAAGAGGGGUGGGGAACGGUGGAGGAGACACAGGCAGCGUUCACACUCGUGCACCUCGUGGCCUUCUCCCCCCGCCACUGCCUGCUCUUCUGCCGUCGCAACGGCCUGCACGGACUGCUCUCAGCCCUCCAACAACCCCGCUCCCCCCCACCUUCCUCCUCCUUACGAGCUCCCCCACCCUCCUCCGCAUCUUCCUCCUUCCUGUCCUCCUCAGCAGCGUCGUCCCUCCCCUGCCUUGCUCUCUCCGCGCUGCUCUGCUGCUGCCGCCACCCCUUCGCAUGCGCGCUGCUGCUUCAGCCGGACCCGAGGGUUCCGGGGAAGGGCGCGACAGUGAAAGGCAGCAGUGCAGGGCGGAAAGGGAAAGGUGUGAUUGGGAUCAAGAAGGAAGGGGAUGAAGGAGAGAAGAAAGGGGAUGGAGGAGCAGAGAAAAAGGGGGAGGGUGCGAUGGAGGUGGAAGGAGAGGGGGUGGAGGAGGAGGAGGAGGCGGUUGAGGAGGAGCAAGUGAGCACAGGGAAGGAAGGCAAGCAGGGUGGGGAGGGGAAAGCAGAAGCAGGGAAGAGUGCCGGGGGCAAGGAGAAGGGUGCAGGGAGCAGUGGGUACGAGCAGGUGUUGGCGUUUGUGGUUCAUUCCAGUCGCUGCCGCACGCCGCUGCAAGUGGGAGUGCUGGCCACGCAGCUGCUGCUCGUGCUGCACCGCCACCACGCCUGCCUGCGCCUACAGCGCUCCGUGACUCAGCUGCUUCACCCGCACGCCUCUUCCUCAACCCGCAUACCCUCCCCCACAACCCCCCAACUCCUACUGAAGAGCGCUGCAGUGGGGGCAGGGGGAGACAAAGGGGCGGAGGGGGAGAGGGGAGCGGGGGAAGGCGGGGAGGGGGUGGUGGAGCAGGUAGAAGGCGCCAAGGGGGAAGAGAGGGGGAGUGCAGAUGAUGGGUUGGCGACUGUGAUUCAUCUGCUGCAGGAGACUCAGUCUCUCCUGAUCCGGCCACCAGCAGCAGUGGCAACAGCAACAUCUGGAGCGGGCAGCACGAGCAGCACCAACCUGCUCAUCGCCUCCUCCCUCGCACGCCUCGCGUCCUCCUCCCCCUCCUCCGCACUCGCCACAGCACAUCGAGCCAUCAAGCCCACGACUCUCCUGCCGCUGCUGCUCUCCCGCCCCACCACCCUCUCCUGCCCGCUCGCGUCCCCCCUCUGCCCGCCCCUGCCGCCCGCGAACGCGCCGCCGCUGUUUGUGUCGCCGCUGCUGGCGCAGCUGCUGGGGGGACUGGACGCAGAUGCUUUGGCCGUGCUCAAGGGCUAUCACUUCUUGGACCUCCUUGCAGCAGCCGUCACAGCUGCAUCUACCUCUCCCUCCUCCUCCUCCCCCCCUCAAGUGGCCCGUCCACCAUUGCUGCUCUCCGUGCACGUGCCCCCAUGGCCUGCCCCUGCGCUGCUGGCACCACUGCACGCCAUCCUGCUGCCGCUGCUGCACUGCCGUGAAGGCCUGCUCUUUCUUGCCUCCCAGCCCCACGCCACUGCUCGCCUCGCCUCCGCUCUCCAGCACGCUCCCGCCGCUGCACACUUACCUGCCUCGUCCCGCCAAAUACACCGACGCCGCCAGGCGAAGAGAGUGCAGGGAGGGAAGGGCCAGGGAGUGUGGCGCCUGGCAGGAGGCCGACUGCUGCCGUGCCGCCACUUGCUUGCUCUUGAUUCGCUCGGCAUCGCCACGUCACCAUCUGACGUGGCGGCUGCAAUGACCGAAGUGUUGAAAGCGGUAAGUGGGCAGGUGGCGAAGCAGUGUUGGUGGGAGAGAGCGAGUGGUGGCACUGCUGCAGCACAGCCUGGUGUCAUGUGGUGGAUAGCUCCAGUCGAAACGCAGGUGCAGGCACUGCUGGCACCGCUCCUCUCCCUCGCCACCAUGCACAGGCAUGAGGUGUCACGCCAGGCACUGGCUGCUGUCGCUACCCUGCCCGAGCUGCUGCAAGUGCUACACCUGGCCAUAUUCGCCAUAGAGCAUCCACUGCAGUCACGAGGCCUGCCCUCCGCCACCACCCCUGCCGUGCCCUUUAAAGUCCUUCCACUCCACCUUUCUCCUGACCUUUUCCCUUUCCUCCGCUCCCGCACUGCAGCAUUCGAGCCGUCUCUCGCGAUCCUGUCCAGCCGCGCGUGCCACGUGCUGCUCGUGCUGCUCCGAGACUCCUCGCUCUCCACAUGGCAAGCCGUGGCCCACGGCGGGGCAGCCUUACACGCAGCAGCAACUGCAGCCUCCAUGCGCCUGCGUGCCGCUGACCUAGUCCUGGGGUUUGAAGAGGCGAGAGACUGGCUGGAGGGGUGUGCUGUGUUUGGCAUGAAGGGACUGCCGGGGCUUAUGGCUCUGGCUGGUGAGCUUGCAGAGGGCGAUGCUGCUGCUGCUGUCAGCACCAUUGCUGCUGCUGUUGCUGCUGCUGGGGAUACCGGUGGUGGUGCGCGGGGAGGGGGGGGGAGAGGGGGGUCUGGGGGGGGAGGGGGAGGAGAGGGGGGUGCGGAAGGAGGAGGGGGUGGAGCGGGAGGGGAGGAGGAGGAGAAGGGGAGGGAGGGGAUGGCGUCGAGCACACUGCUGCCGCCGUUGGUGCAGCUGACAGGGGCUGACAUGGCAGUGGACAUGUUCAACGAGGGGGUCAUCCACCUGCUGCUCUCCCUUCUCUCCCUCGCCAACUCCGCCUUCUCCAUCCCCGCGCCGCAGCAGGCAGCAGCAUGGGGGGCAUCAGUGCACGCAGUAUGGUCACGUGCGCCAGGACUGCACAUGGAUCUGCUGCAAGUGCACGCACAGACACGCCGCCUGCUGCUGCCCGCUCUGCUGCUGCUGCGCACCAUUCUAGCCCGCCUGCAGGCCACAGUGAGUGAGUUCCGCAGCACCAAGCUACUCCACGCCCUGCUCGACCUCUACCUGCUGCUCAGCACUCGACCGGCGUUCCACAUGGCCAUCUCCGAUUGGUCCUGCCAGUCAGAGGCAAUAGAGCUACAGGCAAUCCGGCAGGCGCUCACGUCGUGCCUUGCCUUCUGGUUGGCCUCCCAGUGGCGCCCCGCCCUCCUCCCGCUGCUCUUCUCCCGCUCUCUCCACUCCCUCCGCACCCCCUCUCCUUCCGGCGCCGCCUCUGCCGCUCCCGCUAGCGCUGGCCCUGCUGUUUCUGCUGCUGCUGCCACUCCAGCUGGUGCUGGCGCUGCGGGGGGAGCAGGUGCUGCUGCCACCCCAGGUGCAGGGGUGAUGGGAGGAGCAGCAGCAGCAGCAGCAGCAGCAGGCACAGGGGUUGCAGGGGAGGGCAGGCAGCAGUAUGCAGCGGUGGGGCCUGUGUCUCCCCUUGAGCCUGCUCGCCUCCCUGGCCUUCUCUCUCUCCUGGCCGAUCUUCUCCAACAACCCCCACCCUUCCUGCACUCGCGCCAACCCCCCUCUCCCUCACCCUCCACCCCGCCACCCACCACCACUCCCGCCACCUCCCAUCCGCCCUCCGCCCCCUCCGCUCCCUCCCGCCCCACCCUCCACUCCUCCCCAUCCCCAUCCCCCUCCUCCUCCCUCCCCUCGUGGACCUCCCAAGCGGUGAUGGGGUGGCCGCAGAAGCAGCAGGUGGUGGGGGUGGCGGCGGUUGGGAGUGUGCUGGGCAUGGGUCCACACAUGGAGGAGCUUAUGUGGUUUACCGUGGAUGUGGGGCUGAGAGGCCGAGUCAAGCGUAGCAUGGUCCCGCACAUGCCCGCUCUCUGCCGCAUCGUCUACCAUUUCUCCGCAACUGCAUCAUGGGUCGUCCGAACCUCCCUAUCCUCCCUCAUCCUCCCUGCUUCCAGCCAAAGUCUGGCUGGAGAUGGCAAGGCAGGGGAGGAACCAGGAGAGAAGGCGAUAGCAGCUGUGGUGGAAAGGGCAUGCGAGUGUAUGGAAGCAUGGCUUGCAGUCUCGGAUGGGAGAGAUGCUGCUAGGGCUGCUGCUACCGCCUCUGCUGCUGCUGCUGCUGCUCCCGCUCCUGCUGCUGCUGCGGCUGCUGGUGGUGCUGCGGUUGAAUCCGGUGCUGCUGGUGAUGGUGGUGGGGAUAAGGGUGCGAAGGGAUCUGGAGAGGUGGAAGGAGGUGGGGCAGGGUUGAAAGAGGGGGAUGGAGCAGGAGCAGGAAGGGGACGAGAGGGAGGGGAGAUGGGAGGAGGGUUGAAAUCUGGUGCUAGUGCUGCUGCUGGUGCCUCUGCCCCUGGGUCUACCACACACCCGAACACGCCACCCUCCUCUACUCCCAAGCCUGCUUUUAACUCCCCAACUCCCACCGCUCCCCGUAUCCCCUCCUCCCUCCCCUGCUCCCUCCACUCGCACUGCCCUCAGUCCCAGGCCCUGCAGCACAAGUCCUUCUCCCGCCUCCUCCUCUGCGUCCUCACGCACUCUCGCGUCCGCUCGCUGUCCCACAAGGCUCUGCAGCUAGCCGCACAGAAAAGUGCAGCAGGAGCGGCAGCAGCAGCAGCAGCAGCAGCAGCAGCAGCAGCAGCAGCAGCAGCAGCAGCAGCAGCAGCAGCAGCAGGAGGAGGAGCAGGAGCAGGAGGAGCAGGAGGAAUAGGCGGAGGUGGGGCAACAGUAGCAGCGACUGUGGUGCUGGGGGUUAAGCAGGAGCCUGGAGGCGAGUCGGCUGCAGAAGUGUUGAUGGGUGGCAGUGGUGCUGGCAGGUCAGCAGCUGUAGACUUCCCUCCAGGUUUCCUGGCAGUGAAAGAGCGCGCCGAGGGGGGUGCUGCCACUGGGGAGGACGGCAAGGCUUCACAGGGGGUGCAGCAGAGGGGAAGGACCCAGGGGAUGCAAGGAAUGCAAGGGGAGCACGUGGAGCAAGGCGAGCAGAGAGAGAAAGGAGAGCAAGGGGCGCAUGAGGAAAGCAGCGGUGUGGAAAAGCAGAUGGAUCAGGUUACUCGCAUGGGGAUGUUUAUCGCAUCAGCUCUCUCCUUGCAUGCUCUGCAAACACCCAGCUUCUUGCAGUUGUGCCUCCACCAGUACCGCCUCCCACCGCCGCCCCUCGCCCUCCCACCCUCUGCCGCUACAUGCCCCUCUGCAGCACUGCGUGUAGCAGCUCUCUCCUCCCUCUCCUGCAUCUCCUCCUCCCCCGCCUCCCGCACCCUCCUCUGCUUGCACCUCUCCCACUCCCUUCUCCUUCCCACUCCUGUCUCCUCCGCGCCCACUGCCCUGGCACUACAAGCAGGGAGAGGGGAAGGAGCAGAAGAGGAAGGGGACAAGGGGAGGGCACGGGGGGAUGGGAUGCCUGGGGCAGCAGUGUCAGAGGGAGGAGGGUUGGAGAGGUUCGGUGGGCUGUUGCAGAAUAGCGCGCGCGAGGUGGUGGGGCUGGUGGAGAGGUGGCUAAAGCUGAAGGCUGAUGGAUGGGGUGUUGGGGAGGAGGGGGUGGAGGAGGAAGAAGCGGAGGUAGAAGAGGAUGAGGAGGAAGAGGAGGAGGGGGAGGAAGAGGUGGAGGAUGGGGAUGGGGACGGGGAUAAUGGUGGAGGGGAAGAGGGACGUGGGGUGCAUGGGAAGGUGCAGCAGGAGAGGGGGAUAGAGAAGAGCUGGUGGCGGCAUGAUGAUGGGAUGGGAAGAGGUGGAGGUUUGGGCAUGGAGACUAGAGGGGAAGUGGGAGGGAGGGAAGGGAGGAGUGUGGCGGUGGUUGCGACGUCAGCGGAGCAGCGGAGUGCAGCACUUGUGGAGGCCUUCUGCCUUGCUGUGCUGCGCCUUGCUGACUCUGGUCAAAGCUCAAUGGGUCUUCUGCUCUUUAAGCUCCUUCUCAGUCUGCCCUCUACUCAUCGCACCACCACCGCAACUGAAGCUACCAUUGCGUCUGCUACCGCUGCUGCUCCUGCUGUUGCGGCUGCUGUUGGUCUGCCUUAUGAUCCCAUCACUACUCUCUCACGUCUCGCUCGCUCGCGGGCACGCAAGUUUGCAUGUUGGAAGCAGGCACAGCGGCUCUCACAAGCUCUCCUCCUCCUCACCACCUCCUCACGUCACUAUCACCUCCCAGCACCCUUCCCUCUCCUCGCCUCCCUCCACUCCCUCCUUCCCACCCUCACCACCCCCCCUUCUCCCCUCCACCACACCUCUCCGUCUCUCCUCACAGAUCUCCUCUCAGACCUCCAUUCCCGCAUCAUUGCUCCUAUAGAGCCCUCCCUCUGCACGUAUUCCUCCUCCUCCCGUUCCCCCUCCUCCUCCUCCUGCGCCUCUCUCCUCCCCUGGGACCGACCCGAGCCCGGUUCUCUCUCCUCUGCAGCGCACCUGUUAUCCACCAAGCGCUCUGCUGGUGCCGCCUCAGGAGGAGCUGGUCCAGACGUUAAGCGAGUGCGGGGGGAGCAGGAGGAGCUGGGCGGGCGGGGCAUGGGCAUGGGGGGAAUGAUGGGGGGCGGGAUGGGCGCGCUGGGAGGACCAGGGGUCCCCCCCUCCCCUGCAGGACCGGGGGGGCUGUUUGCAAUGAGCAGGAGAGACAGUUUCAGGCAGCGCAAGCCUAACACGAGCCGAGCGGCGUCGAUUCAUGUAGAUGAUUAUACGGCGAGGGAGAGGGGCGAUGGGGGGAGUGGGUGGGGGAGCAGUGGGCGACCACCGUCCAUUCAUGUCGAUGAGUUCAUGGCACGGCAGAGACAGAUGGGAGGCCCGCCGCUUGUGGCAGCCGCUCCCCCGCCUCUUCCCCCCAUGCCAGGCGCUCCCGUUGCUGGUGCUGCUGGGGCGAGUGCUGGUCCUUCCGGUGCUGGCCCUGGUGCUGCUGGUGCUGGUGAUGGCGGUGGGAAGGAGGAAGGGGGGGCAGGAAGAGCGGCGCAGGGGGGCAGAGAAGGAGUGGGCGGGGGAGGCGGAGUGGUGGUGGGGCAUGCAGGGAAGCAUGGGUCUCAGAUGAAUGGUGUAGCUGGUGCUGGUGGUGGCGCUGCUGGUGGUGGUGGUGGUGGUGGAAAGGAAAAGAGGAAGAAGUGGUUUCAUGGGGAUCUCACAAGUGAUUCGGAUGAGCAUGAUGACGAGGAGGAUGAUGGUGGUGGUGAUGGGUCAGAUGGCGAGGGAGAGGGCAGAGGGCAUGACGGGGAGAAGAAGGGAGGGAGGAGGCAUGUUGGGAAGAGGAGAAAGGGUGGCGCACAGAAUGAGAUGGAUGGUGAUAGUGGUCAAAGAAAGGCUGGGGUGCGUGAAGGGGAGGGUAAGGAACAGCAGCAGCACCAUCAGCCUCAGCAGCAGCAACAGCUGCAGUACCAGCAGCAACAGCAACAGCAGCAGCAGCAGCAGCAGCAGCAGCAGCAGCAGCAGCAGCAGCAGCAGCAGCAGCAGCAGCAGCAGCAGCAGCAGCAGCAGCAGCAGCAGCAGCAGCAGCAGCAGCAGCAGCAGCAGCAGCAGCAGCAGCAGCAGCAGCAGCAGCAGCAGCAGCAGCAGCAGCAGCAGCAGCAGCAGCAGCAGCAGCAGCAGCAGCAGCAGCAGCAGCAGCAGCAGCAGCAGCAGCAGCAGCAGCAGCAGCAGCAGCAGCAGCAGCAGCAGCAGCAGCAGCAGCAGCAGCAGCAGCAGCAGCAGCAGCAGCAGCAGCAGCAGCAGCAGCAGCAGCAGCAGCAGCAGCAGCAGCAGCAGCAGCAGCAGCAGCAGCAGCAGCAGCAGCAGCAGCAGCAGCAGCAGCAGCAGCAGCAGCAGCAGCAGCAGCAGCAGCAGCAGCAGCAGCAGCAGCAGCAGCAGCAGCAGCAGCAGCAGCAGCAGCAGCAGCAGCAGCAGCAGCAGCAGCAGCAGCAGCAGCAGCAGCAGCAGCACCAACAGCAACAGCAACAGCAGCAGCAGCAACAGCAACAGCAACAGCAGCAGCACCAACAGCAGCUGCAGUACCAUCAGCAGCAGCAGCAGCAGCAACUGCAACAGCAACAGCAACAGCAACAGCAGCAGCAGCAGCAGCAGCAGCAGCAGCAGCAGCAGCAGCAGCAGCAGCAGCAACAGCAGCAGCAGCAGCAGCAGCAGCAGUACAAUCAGCAGCAGCAGCAGCAACAACAACAACAGCACCAGCAACAGCUUCAUCAGCAGCAGCAGCAGCAGCAGCAUCAACAGCAACAGCAACAACAACAGCAGCAGCAGCAGCUGCAGCAGCAGCAACAGCAGCAACAACACUACCACCAACAGCAGCAGCAGCAACAACAGGUGAAUAUAUUGAAGGAGGGCCUGAAAGAUGGUCGGGCGCAGGAACAGGAGAAAGUGGAGAAGAUGGGGCAGCAAGCACAAGAGAGGGACCGGCAGCAACAACUGCAGCAGCAAGUGCAACAAUUGUCUCAUCCAUUGGACCCCUCUCUCCUCCCAGACCAUCAGCAAGCCCUCUUCCACCACCUCUCCGCCUCUCACGCUAUCUCUCCUGCUGACCUCCCCUCUUACCUCAUGGCUGCUGCUGCUGCUGCCUCGCCUGGCAACCUUUCCGCCUCGCCUCCUGUAUCCGCUGCGGCUGCAGCUGCAGCUGUUGCAGCAGCUGCAGUCAUGCUAGCACCCUUUUCAGACUACUCAAAGGUCCAGCCCUCAGUUGUGCCACCACAGCCGCCACUGCCGCCACCGCCGCUGCCGCAGCAGCAGCAGGUGGUUGUUUCUGCGCCUGGGCCACAGGGGCUUGCCUCUCCACCCUUUCCUCCGUCUCUGCUUGGAACGGCUGCACUGCCACCACUACCUGCAACAGCAGCUGCUGCUCCUGGUCCUUUGCACUCCCUGCCACAGCCAACCUCCCACACUUCACCAUUGCAGAUGCAAGCUCAAGCAGUGGCAGCACAGCCAGGCACGGCAAGUGCUGCUGCUGCUGCUGCUGCGGCGGCGGCGGCUGCUGCGGCUGCUGCCGGUGCUGCUGCACCCAAGGCUUCUGAUGUUGCAGGGCUGGGUUCUAUUCAGGACCCAGUGAAGCUACAGCAGCUGCUGGAGGAGCAGCCAGGGCUCAUCAGCAUUCUGCAGGUCAGCACUCCCUCCACCCCACCUCUCAGCCCUCCACUCACACCCUCCACCGCACCUCUCAGCUCUCCUCACACCCCCCACCCCACCUCUCAUCCCUCCUCUAGCGGCCUCCACCCCACCUCAGCCCUCCACCACUCUCUCUCCUCCCUGCCUUCCAUCUUUGAAUUCUAA